UGGUGCACCCGGUCACCAAAAUGGGCCCCUCAUAGCCGUCCCAUGAGCGACCUGGAUCUGGCUGGAGCGGUGCGAUGGCUACAGGCCAACAAAGUGCCAGACAAGAACGGCCUGCAGUGGGACCAAUGGCUCGGCAAAAACGCCACGGGAAAGCUGGGAGUGUUGAGAGACCCAGCCAGGCACAAGCCGGAGACCCUGCGGGGCUUUCUGGAGGACGUCUCCGGGGGUCUGCCCGAGCUGGUGCUCAGCAGCGCGGAGAAACGGGAUAAGGCGCUGCAGCAGCUGGAGGACGCCCUGGGUACUUCACCAAAGGAGCAGACCCUGUUGCGGCUGCUGAAGUUGACCAGGGACCAUCAGUCGUUUCGGUCGUCCUACGCGUGCUUAUGUUAUCACGCCUCCCAAGCUGUCCGGCUAAAGCGGAAGGCAGUGACGAUUGCUGAUGUGGAGGAUCUUCUGCUGGCAGUGGACUGCGAGAUGGUCGCGACGGAGGACGACGACAACGCGCUGGCGCGGGUCUGCGCGUGCGAUGCUGCGGGGAAGGUGUUGAUGGAUAGGUUAGUGAAGCCGGAGGGAAAGAUCACCGAUGCGCGCACGGCCAUCACGGGGAUAGAAUCCAAAGACCUGGACAACUUGGACUUUCACUUGUCCGAUGCGCAGGCUGAGCUGAGGAAGCUGAUUGGACCAAACACUGUUUUGGUCGGGCACACCUUCCACCGCGACCUGUCUGCCUUGCGCAUGGAUGCCUUGCUGGUCUUCGACAUCAGCCUGUUGUAUGGCAUCCAGGGACAACCCAAACGGCGACCGGCGCUGGCGCAUCUGGUCCAAGAGGUCUUGGGCCGGCCCAACUUUCGUGGCGCGGAUGGCGGGGAUGUGCACGACUGCGUGCAGGAUGUCCAGGUGACUAUGGAGAUCGCACUGCGGCGCCUGCGCGACGGCAGCGAGCAGGGCGCGCCUGCCACCGUCUUCGUCACGGCUCCAACACCUUCUGCGCAGGUGGAGGAGACGAUGAGGAAGCUAUACAUCCACCGCAUCCCCCAGCGCGACGAUGCCUUCGGCGCUUUGACGCGGCUUUGGGCCGCCCUGCCUGUGGAGGUGUCGGGUGCUAUGGAAGGUGUCCAGAUGAUGUCCUCUGCCAUGGUCAAUGCAGGGCUGCGUGGUGCGGAGGUCCUUUUCAAAACCAAGGAGGCAGCCGAGAAAGCCUUCUUGUCCCUGCCCGCCGAGAACAUCGAACUGGAUACGGCACAGCGUCCCCAGAAACUGGUGCGAAUCCACUUCCCCGAACGCACCGCGCUGGUCUGUGUGCGGCCCAUGGUGCCAGGUAUUGGAAUGGCAUGUCUCUCCAACGGCACGGACGAUGCGCCUGCUGUGGCUGCUGGCACCGAGCAGAGCAAGCGAAAGAGACCCGACAUGUCGACAGCGGAGAAUGCCAAGAGGUGGAAGGGAAAGGGCUGGCCGGGCUGGCGCCGAGCAGCUGAGGAGGCACUGGCGGGCGCGCCUUCACGUGCUUUGCCUUGGAGGCAAUUGGCCGAGGAAAUGGUGCAGAGACGCCAGCAGCAGGGGGGCGGCAACGCCAAGGAAGCGGCCGAAACCGCCGAGGUCCUGGAGCUCCUGGCGCUGGCGGCGCUGCCGGAGGAAUUUCUCAGCGACAGCGAUGCGCUGGUGCGGCUGCAGAAGUAGGAGGCACUGAUGGCAAGCCUGGCCGGUCGCAAGGCCGCCAGCACGUCGGUGUUCCGCCGCAGAUCUACUGCCAGGUGGGUCCAAAGAGAGCGGCUGUGGUGAAGGGAAAAGCUGCGGGGACCGGCGACAGCUUCCAACAGG